AGUUUUUUUUGGCUAAUGCAACACUAGCACAAUUUACAAGAAGUGGCUAUCUCCUUCGGCCUUGUCUCAUAUCUUCCACCAAAUAAACUGUGUACAAUCGUGUUUCAUACACGAUCUGCUGGUAGAACCAAACGGGUAGAAUAAUGGCCGCCGCCUCCCGUGUACCGUCGCACGCACGAGCACGAGCUACGCCUGCACUGCACGUACCUUUAAACCUUUUUGCGGAUCCGGUCCCUACAGAUCGCGGGAUUUGCGUUGGUCUGUCCACCGCACGAUACCAGAGGGAUAUUUGCGCCCAAAGAUAAGAAAACACAGCGCUGCUAAACUACUCCAACCGCCAUGAUUAGCCCAAACGAGGAGGGGGAGAGCUUCGGACCCUUUCUUCCCAAACCUUCCAAAACCAAUAAAAAAAGUAAUGCCGGUCGUAAUCGCGCCAUCCCCACACAUAUAUACAUAGCUUCACCACGCCACCCUCCCCAUUCCCCAUCACCAUUCACUCAUCCACCACCGCCAUCCCCCCACGCAAUCUCACCGGAAAAACGCCUGCUCGAGUUGAGCUGAGCUGGGCCGCCAUGCGCCCACGGACCCACUGAGCCAAAGCCCCACCGACCCCACCACAACGCUGUCGGCCAUUCCCUGUCCAAGAUCCGCGCUUCGAUUCGUCCGCCGACGCCGAGACCGACACCAUGCCGGCCACGGACCUCCAGGGCUCCUCCCCGUCGACGCACGCCCACUCGUCCCCGUUCCCCUCGUUCGGCCGCACGCUCCUCUCCCUCCGCCGCGACGCCCCGGCGGCCGCGAUGCCGCCGCCGCGCGGCGCCGGCCCGGAGCUCGGGGACUUCCACGCCCAUGUCGCUGUGCGCCUUGCGGGCCUGAGCGCGCCCGGCGGGGAGGAGUUCAUGUCCGUCGCGUGGGUCCGGCGCCUGCUGGAGGCGUUCCUGCUGUGCCAGGAGGAGUUCCGGGCGGCGGUGGCCGAGGCGCGGCGCCGCGGCGGCGGGGUCACGGCCCCCGCGGACGCGGAGAAGCUGGUGGCGGAGGUCGGCGAGCGCGCCGUCAGGGCGCUCGACGUCUGCAACGCGGCGCGCGACGGCGUGGACCAGGCCCGCCGCUGGGAGCGCCUCGCGGGGCUGGCGGCCUCCGCACUGCUGGCGCCCGCCGAGGGGCAGGUGCACGAGGGCCAGCUCUGGCGCGCGCGGAAGGCGCUCUCGGACCUUUCCCUGCUCCUCGCCGACGAUGCCGCCGCCGCCUCCGCGGGCGCCGGCGGCGGGCUCGCCUCGUUCCUCGCGUCCCACCGCAACCGCUCCUUCGGCCGCGCGCGGGCGUCGCCGUCCCGCGCCUCGCCCUCCGCGCACUUACGCUCGCUGUCGUGGAGCGUGUCCCGCACCUGGUCGGCGGCGCGCCAGCUGCAGGCCAUCGGAGCCGGCCUGGCCGCGCCGCGCGCCACCGAGGCCUCCUGCGGCUUCGCCGCGCCGGCCUACGCCAUGGGCUGCCUGCUCCACCUCGCCGCCUGGGCGCUCGUUGCCGCCGUGCCGUGCCCGGACCGCGCCGCCGCGCUGCAGGCGCACCACCUCCCGGCCGCGCCGCCGCGCGCCGCGUUCCCCUGGGCGCCGCCGCUCCUCGCGCUCCAGGAACGCCUCGCCGAGGAGGGGAGGCGCAAGGACCGCCGCAGCUCGUGCGGCCUGCUCAGGGAAAUCCACGCGCUGGACAAGUGCGCGCAGCGGCUCGCGGAGGCCAUCGACGCCGCGCCGGUCCCGCUUACCGGCGAGCGGGAGGCCGAGCUGCGUGAGGCUGCAGCGGAACUCGCCGCGGCGUGCUCCGCCAUCAAGGACGGGCUGGACCCGCUGGAGAGACAGGUGCGGGAGCUCUUCCACCGCAUCGUGCGCAGCCGAAUGGCGGGCCUCGAUCCACCGAUGGCCAAUGCAGAUUGAGCUCUAUUCAAGAUCAUCAUCGUCUUGCCUUCGAUCUCACAGUGUGGCGGUGCUCUUGUGAAUUGUGAUCAGCUAGUGGAAAGUAUAAAAUGUGUGUCCUUCUGUAAAGGAUUACACAAAGAGGAAAGGGAAGGUGUCAUCUUUGGGUAAAGAUGAUUCCUUAUUCCCAUGUUUUGAUGCUGCAUUUGCUGUAUAUCCUUGUGUUUUUUGAUAGUGUCACGUCUGUGCGCAGCUAAUUCUCGAGCAA